AUGAACAAGUUCGAUGAAUUUAUAGAGGAGAACGACCAAAAGCUCAAUGUUGAUACGACCACCAGAAUUGAGAUAACGCAUACACCGAGCGGUGGGACCUCUCCAAGGGAGCCAACUCGCCAGUCGUCAGUGAGGCGAUCCCUCGUUCAGCCACAAGUCACCCCGGGUAGGCCCAGCGACCAGGAACAUCCACUAAAAGAUACAUAUUCUCGGCCGCCAAAUAGCAUGAAACUCAACAGGUCCAAUACGUUGAAGCGAAAAUCACUCAUUCAGCCCAUCAUAUCCCCAGAGGCUACGCCGGGCGAGCACCGGCAACAGCAACAGCGAACGCGUUCCAUGAGCAACGCGUCAUAUCACUCUCGAACAAGUAGCAUAGGUUCUGAGCACGCGUCACCUGCAGGUAAGGAUUUGAAUGCUUUGUUACAAAUGCUCGCAAACAAAGAACUAGAACUGCUUGACUCAAAGCGCAAAGUAGAUGACAUCAAGAGGUCGCUACAUCAGGAAGAGCAAACGCUGCAUAUGAAAUCGAAGGAGUUGAAUGAACUCAAAGUUCAAGUUGCCAAGAUAUUAAACGACAAUGUCGCUGCAAGCACCGGAUUUAAUGGCAAUGAAAGCCAUGCUGGCGAAUUAGGGAAACUUGGAGAGGACUUUGAGCACAUGGCACAGAAAAAGGCUUCUCCAGCUCCAGCACCCUCUCCAACUCCUGCCAAAAAAGAGUCAAUGUGGACGAGGCCCUUAUCCUUAUUCAAUCAGUUUGACCAAUUGAUUCAGCAUGAAAUAGAAAAGAAGCUAAAUUGGGACGAUUUAGAAGCUCCACGGCCAAAUCCCACUAACAAGCACAGCAACGAAAACAAUUCUUCACAACCAAACAGUAAAAGCACACACGAUAAUGCAACGUCAACAGAAGAUGUUUUGGGUAAUGUUUCGACAUCGCUGUGGAACUUCGUUAGCGACGUGAGAACAGGCUUACUGGGGAUUAAUGAGGAGCCAGAGGAGACUGAGACGUUCCAAAAGCAACCCCAAAAGAAUAGUAGCUCCACUCGCAAGAGUCGUUCAAGUGAAAACCACCUCAAGUUCAUUGCAAGUGAAGAUGAGGGCGACCCAUCGCUGCUACCAAGGGAAAACGGGCAAGCUAGCCAUUUGGACGCUGAAGUUGAAUUAAUAGAUUACAAAAGUAAUACAUAG